UCGGCCGACGCCGCGGCCGCCGCCGCUGCCUCCGCCGCCUCCGUGGAUGGCCACAUGCUGCGCGGCACGCUGGCGUGCCGCGCCCCCGCGGGCCUCGUGGCGCGGGCGCGCGCGUGGGGAGCCGAGCACCUGCUGGAACCCGCCCGCGAGAUGACGCGCCGGCAGCUCGUGGUCGCCUCCGCGGUGGGGGUGUGGGGUGGCGUGUUCCCCAUCCCGCCGUGCACGUCGCCGGCCACUCUGUUCUGCAUCGGCUUCUUCUCCGCGGGCGUGCCGAGGAGGCUGCGCUUCAACGUGCCGAUGGCCAGCAUCGCCAUAGUUCUCAACGAGCUGGUCCUGCCUCUCGACCUGCUGCUCAUGCCGCAGUUCAUCCUGGCGGGCAUGUGGGCCGACAGGGCACUGGGGGGCGACGGCGCCGCCCGCGUGGACGGGGGCGCCGAGGCCCCCGGCGAGCUGCCUCAAGGAAGCCUCCGGGAAGGCCUCCUCGACGGGCUGCCUUCGGGCGGCCUCGCUGAGCUGCUGGAGGGCCUCAAGGAGGGCUGUGACGACGACGAUGGCCGAGGCGUUACGGCGGCAUGCUCGGGCGGGCCGUCCUCGUGUGGGCGGCUGCCACCCCGCUGGUGCUGGGCCAGAUCCGGGUGCUCGGGGCCAUGUCUUGGGGCGGCUUGCGGGCUGCUCCCGGACCGCCGCCUGCGCGGCCCGCCUCGGGCGGCCCCGGGCUGACGGGGCCAGGAUGCCGCCGGCGUUUGCGCGGCAGCGGGUCGCUCCGUGCCAGUGAGGGCAACGACAGUGCUCGAGGUUCAAUGUUUUUGGAAGUUCUCAGCACGGACGCGGACCGACGAAAGCGGCCGUGAACCUCAAACCCCGAACCUCGCAACGUUGUCCCCCCUAUCGUUGCCCCUCCGCUGCCGCGGCCGCAGGUCGCCCCGCUCCAGCAGGGGGGGCGGGCCGAGCGCGCGUGGCGGCGGCGGCUCCGGGCGCGCGGCCAUCAGACUGCAUUCGCCGUUGGCUCCUGCGUGCUGCUCCUCUGGCGGGAAGCGUUCGCCACGGAGCAUCAGGUCAGUAUCGUUGGUGAUCGUUUUCUUAUUCAGUGUUUUGCCGAUCGGCGCGGCUGGCUAUUCCAUUCCGCCGCGAGGCGUUUUCCCGAUGAUAGAGAAGCAAAGGGCGGCAUGCGAACAUCUUGAAGCAUGAUGUGCUAUGUGUGCCACUGGCAUUGCCGCUUGUUCCGCGCCGCCGUUUCACAGACAAGCUUAAACGCAUCCGCGGCCCCUGCCCGACCCGGC